UAAGCCUAACUUCAACAAUUUUAAAUUUUAGUAAUCAAUUUUGCAGUUUGCUAAUUUCAAUGAGCUCAGUAAUUAUUCUUUUCUGAGAGGCUUCCUUUCUGAAUUUUAGUAUUAUUUAGUAAACUAUUGUGAUACAAUUAUAUUAGUUACAGCCGUAUUGCUGUUAAACUCUGAACAAUAGAAUUUUGCUGAAAUAAGAAAAGUGACACAUUGAAUUGGCAUAACCGCGUGUAGGUUAUAAAGUACGCUUUAAUUUUUAAUUUUUGUUGAAUCUUUGUUUAAAAAAGAUAAAAUGGAAAGCAUGGACGUCGCACAAGAAGGAGCAUCUGCGGCCUCUACCCCAGUGCAAGAAAAUGGCCCGGACAAAAAUGUUACAGCCGAAGAGAUGACAUCGAGGGACUACUAUUUUGAUUCGUACGCACAUUUUGGUAUACACGAGGAAAUGUUGAAGGAUGAAGUGCGGACUCUUACCUAUCGAAACGCUAUGUACCAUAAUAGGCACCUAUUCAAAGGAAAAACUGUACUUGACAUUGGAUGUGGUACGGGAAUUCUCUCCAUGUUUGCAGCAAAAGCAGGUGCUUCUAAAGUGUUUGCCAUAGAAUGCUCCAAUAUUGUAGAUUAUGCCCGAAAAAUUGUUGAGGCUAACAGGCUUGAUGAUGUCAUAGAAAUUAUUAAAGGAAAGGUAGAGGAAGUAGAACUUCCAGUUGAGAAAGUUGAUAUAAUAAUUUCGGAAUGGAUGGGUUAUUGUCUCUUCUAUGAGAGCAUGCUGGACACAGUUCUCUAUGCUCGGGACAAAUGGCUAAGGGAGGAUGGUAUGCUCUUUCCUGACAGGUGCACAUUAUUUAUUUGUGGUAUUGAGGACCGUCAGUACAAAGAUGAAAAAAUUAACUGGUGGGAUGAUGUCUAUGGCUUUGACAUGUCUUCUAUAAGAAAGGUGGCUAUAUCUGAACCACUUGUUGAUGUUGUUGAUGCUAAACAGGUGGUCACAAACUCUUGUAUGUUGAAAGAGAUAGACCUAUAUGUUGUCAAGAAAGAAGAUCUUAACUUUGAAGCAAAGUUCCAUCUUCAGGUUCGUCGCAAUGAUUUUAUUCAAGCUUUGGUGACAUUUUUCAAUGUGGAAUUUACAAAAUCUCAUAAACGGUUGGGCUUUAGCACUGCCCCAGAGGCACCCUACACACAUUGGAAACAGACCGUUUUCUACUUCGAUGAAUAUAUGACUGUAAAGAAGGGUGAAGAAAUAGUAGGCACUUUUGGCAUGCGCCAAAAUGCGAGGAACAACCGAGACCUCGACUUUGAACUCGAAAUUUCAUUCAAGGGCGAGCUCUGCCAGGUGCAAGAAAAGAAUCACUACAGGAUGCGUUGAUACCAACUCGUUUUCUUGUGGCAUUACGUUUUGUUAACUUAUGUUUUGCAACUUCCCAACUUCGUCGUAUUAUCGUCAGUGUUUCUUUUUAACUCUGGCAAUUUUUCGUACUAUUAGUUACUUUUAACAGCUUUAAGUAUGGCCUGAGGAAUCAUUUAUUCUUUUAUCAAGAUUUUUAUUUGUAAAUGAUAAUUAUUUCUAAAGUAGCAGUUUGUAGUUUUUUAAUAAUAUAUCUGAUCUGCUCUUUACUUAUAUUUUCGCAUGGAGAAGCAAACAUAAGUAUAAAAUUAGUUAUGUCACUUUAUUUAAGGUAGCUGUAAGUCGUAUUAGUUUUAUAUUCUCAUGUUAAGAUUUCAAAAUACAAUUUCUGUGAUGACAAUUUCUUUAACAUUAAGUUUGAGUUUAAAAUUGCAAGCAAGAGAAGUGCAGUGUUAAACAGCCUUUGUUCAGUAUUGUCUUGAUCAACAUACAAGUAAAUUUGUAUGUAUAUUAAAAUUGUAGCAAGGGUGCAGCAGUUAUUUACAGGCAGGAUUUAAUAAAAUAGUGAAGAAUGGAAUGAUAUUCAAGCUUAACAAUUCGAAGAAAAUCUUAUAUAUUUUGUUUGUAAUUUUUAUUAAUUGUUCUGAAUGUUUAUCUGUACUCAGUGUGUAGAAUGAAUGGGUAAGAUGAGUAAAAUAAUAUGAGGUAAA